CGCCCGGUUUGCUGGAGAUGAUCCUGCGACGAUGACCGAAAGCAGUAAUGACGGUCAUAUUAGUAUUGCUGAGAAAUCUGAAAGUCCACAGCGCCGUACAAGCGAACCAUCCGUAAGUCAUGGAAGCAAAUCUUCUGAUAGUGUGUCUCAAAAAUCAGCAAAAGGCAAUGUGCAUUUCAAGAUCCUUGUGCCUUCUAUUGCCGCAGGUGCCAUCAUUGGCAAGGGCGGCGAGGCUAUAACACAUAUACAAAAUAAGACGGGGGCUAAGGUUAAGAUGUCGAAAGCAAAUGACUUUUAUCCAGGCACCUCUGAACGAGUUUGUUUGAUCCUUGGCACCAUUGAAGCGAUUAUGGAAGUCUACAAAUAUAUUUCCGAAAAAAUUUACGAGAAACCAGAUACAUUGCCUCGAAUAACUUCGGAAGGUCGAAUGCCUAUGGAAAGGCAUAAGCAGGUCAAAAUACUUGUCCCAAAUAGCACGGCGGGCAUGAUCAUCGGAAAAGGAGGAAAUUUUGUCAAAGAAAUUAAGGAAAAAACUGGAGUGUUUAUACAAAUUUCUCAAAAGUCUCAAGGAAUAGCAUUAAAUGAACGAUGUGUUACCGUUGCUGGUAAGGCCAUAUAA